AUAUGGUCUGUCUUUCUUUAGUUUGAUAAACAAGAUCAAACCUGGCAUAAUUAAGAAGAUCAACAGACUGUCUACACCCAUCGCUGGUUUGGAUAACAUUAACGUUUUCUUGAAAGCUUGUGGAAGACUUGGAUUGAAAGAAGCUCAGCUUUUUCACCCAGGAGACCUUCAGGAUUUAUCUACUCGUGUUACUGUCAAACAAGAAGAAACAAACCGAAGACUUAAAAAUGUUUUAAUAACAUUGUAUUGGCUGGGUAGAAGAGCUCAAGGUGAUCCCCAUUAUAAUGGGCCCCACCUUAACGUAAAGGCAUUUGAGGGUCUUCUUGGACAAACUCUUACCAAGGCUCUUGAAGAUUCUACUACUCUGAAGCGAAGUGGUAGGGACAGUGGAUACGGUGACAGUUGGUACGCAGAACGAAGUGAUACACUGUCCCCUCCAGUUAGUCACAGAAGAGACGACUCUCUGGACAGCUUGGAUUCCUUUGGCUCUAGGUCCAUUACAAGUAUUUCUUCUGACAUAACCCUUAAAGGCAGCAGUGAAGGGUGUAGUGACAUUGAGUCUGAAUUGUCAUACAGAAUGGAAGAUACAAAGAAGGAUGACAUGUCAUAUCGCAGAGUGGCUUCUGUUGAACCGAAAGCAGCUCUGCCUUUUAACCAGUUUCUUCCUGGCAAGAGUAAACAGCCAGCUUACGUUCCAGCACCGCUGAGGAAAAAACGAGCUGAAAAACAUGAGGACAACAGAAGAAGCUGGGCAAGCCCCAUAUAUACUGAACCUGAUGGUUCAUUUUCCAGUGAAACCCAGAAGUCUCUGAAUGGCUGUGCACAGAGCCAGGCACCUAGCCAUUUCAAUAGCUCAGACACUUCCCUGCAGAAAGCUUAUGAAUAUGACAGUGACUCAGGCUCAGAUGAGGAGGAUAGAACACAGCCUGAUCCAGUUGAUGAUGAUUUAGCAGUUCGCAGGUUCCAGAUGAACCGAUCUAAGAGCCCUCUGAACUGUGGCACUUUCAAGAAUAUUUGUGUAACAUUAGCUGCCACUCCUAAGGACCAUUCUCAGAAGUUUUCCCAGGAUGUGGUUUCUCUUCCUGCAUCAAGAGAACAAAUGAGUAGUCAACCACAGAAACAAGCCACUGAAUCUGAAAAUGAAUGCCAUGGAGCAGACCCUGCACUUUCCUUCUGGAAUGACUUGAUACAUCAUACUGAAGAAGAGGAUGAUGAUGAUGAACAGGGGAACCCUGAUGUUGUAAAAGAUGACCUAUAUGCCCGAAGGUUGGGUUUUCAUGUACCAGGUUCUGUCACCUCUUUUGACAAGUUUCUACCAAAAUAUUGGUCACCAGAAGAAGAAGAGCGGUGGCAAAAAAUUAAGCAGGGUUCCAGCCACAGAUCUUGGUAUAACAAAAUACAGGGUUUCAGGAAGACAUCUGAGGUUGAAGAUUCAGAUAGUGAAGACAGUUCCUUUGGUGAUGCCAGUGGAGGACAGAAUUUAGAUUUUGAUAUCAAUCAGAGUGUUAAAACUCAUCAAGAGAGUGCAGAAUGUACUGUAAGAGCACUUUGUGAGAACGUAGAAGAGAUGAAUGUUCAUCCUGCUGACCCACAGCAAAGUGGUUCACCCGCUGGCUCUGGAAUGAUGCAAACGGAGAAAUCUGUUUUAACUCCACAGGACAGAGAAGAAAAUAGAUUGAAAGAUACAAAUGCAGGCCUAGGGAAGGAUGGCGUGUUGAACUGUAAAACGUAUGCCUUUCAGAUUAAACCUGCUGCUUCUAGAAAAUGUGAUGGUGGACAAACUGAACAAGACUGUUAUCAACAUCAGAAGAUAAUCACACGGCCAAGAUGGGGAGAUUCUGUGAUUCCAGAUAUAGAAAAGGAUGACAUGGCUAUGAGAAAGAAUGUUUGUUCUAAUGAGAAACUGAAGAGCCUUCUUUCUGGUGCUCCAGAUACAUAUCAUCCAGUCCCACUUCCAGAAAGGCAUGUCUCGGCCACAAAUCCACAAAAUGUAAUUGCCAUAUCUGAGAAUGCCCCCACAGCUGAGGAUGACGGCAGUUAUAGUGAAAAGCAAGGCCUUUCUUUGCCGCAUUCAGAUGAUAUGCUAAGGAGAAAGUGUGGAUCCUCAUUUGCAUCCCACCAAUUAAAGCAAACCAGUUUUGUUCCUGGAUCGUGUAGAGAGGAGGAUAUGGAAAAGUGGGAAGCUAUUCGAGCUGCCAGUAAACUGAGACACAAGAAAAAACUGAUGGUCGAAAGACUGAUCCAAAAGACUUUUGUUGAGGAGGGGAGCAAAUCAUUGAAUGAUGUGAAUGAAGAAAUAAGUGCAGAAGUAAAUGUAGAAGUAAAUGCAGAGCCAGAUGAAGAAUCCAAAGCUAGAUUGCACCAGGUUCGUUAUGAAGAAAUGCAGAAAAUCAAAAAUGUGCUCCAAGAACAGGAUCAGCAGUGGCAGGAUGAUCUGGCAAAAUGGAAAAACCGUCGCAGAAGCUUUACUUCAGACCUGCAGAGGAAAAAAUCUGAACGGGAACUAAUGGAACCAAUGAGUGGUAUUCCAGAAAGACCCCCAAAACCGUUAAAGAAAAUGCAGUCUGAAAGGAAAUACCAAGACCAGGAAGACGACAGUGACUUCAGUUCAAGUUCGGGUAGCAGGAGACUAUAUUCAUCAACAGAUGAUGUGUUUGGUGAAGAGAGAAAACCUUCCCGAUCUUGGAAGGACAGAAGCUACACUGUAGAAGUAGAUACUCCUUAUACAUCUAAUAAAAAUGAAGUGUCACGUUCAACAUACAGUGAGCAUAUGGUCAAUCGAAACAGUACUUCUGAUAAACGUGAAACACUACCUGCAAUGUACAGUGAGCAAAAAGAGAAUCAGUACAGCACUAAUAAAACUGAAGCACCACAUUCAACAUAUAGUGAGGUGACAGUGAAUCGAUACAGCACUUCUAAUAAAAGUGACACACCGCCAUCAGCAUACAGUGAGCAGACGGUGAAUCGAUACAGCACUUCUAAUAAAAGUGACGCACCACCAUCAGCAUACAGUGAGCAGACGGUGAAUCGAUACAGCACUUCUACUAAUAAAAGUGAAACACCAAAUUCAUCAUAUAGUGAGCAGACAGUGAGUCUAUUCAGCUCUUCUAAUAAAAGUGACAUACCAAAUUCAGCAUAUAGUGAACAGACAGUGAAUCGUUACAGCUCUGUACCAGAGACCAAGAACAAGCUGGAAAAUUCAGCCAAAGCACAGACUUCUUUUCCUUUUAAUACACGUCAAUCUGUGGAUACAAAAGAUGAGUCGGCUCGUGUUUCAGCCCCUGCCCCUAGACGUUACCAGAGAGCUGAUAGUUCCAGAAUAACAUCUAUGGUUACGCCAAGACCUUUUGUUGCAUCAACAAAGGGAAUUUCGUCUAUUCCAAGAUCUUUUACGAUGGAUGAUUCAUACAAGUACAAUGGACAGAUAGAAGACUCUAAGAAGACACAAAAUAGUAUAGUGAGAAAUGCAUCAAAAGUCGAAACUGAUGGACACUCUCAGACUAGCUCUACUGUAAGCAGUAGUUUUGAUGACGACGACGAGUACCACACUCUAUCUCCUAAACCAGCAGUUUCCAUGACAACAGAAAGGCAAGCACCUAGAAGCCCUAUUCCUGAGUACAAGCACAAUUCACCAUCGAGCGCACCUCUAAGUCCCUUUUUAACCAGCACGGCAAACCUCUCCAAUGCCAGAAGUCCCACACAGGAAGAACACUCCGACAUGCGGAUCAUUAUAAAUCAGAGGCCGGGAAGCAGCCGAGACUUUGGGUUUAUGACAACAUGGAACACCUUUGGUGCUUCAGUAAAGUCUGUGGAAAAAGGUAGCCCAGCUGAACUUAGCCAUUUACAAGCUGGUGAUGAGAUUCUCUCUGUGAAUGGCACACCAGUUUCGGCCUUGGAUUUUAAUCAAUGGAAAGACAUGCUGGACGGAUCGCUAGAAGAUGGUCAUCUAGUGAUGGAUAUCCGGCGACAUGGAAAGAACAACUGGGGCAGAGACCUACCUUCCCUACCUUAUAAAAGCCACAAAAUCAUCAAUCUUACAAGUAUGGAUACAAACCUUAUAGGUUCAUCAGAAAACAAAUGGAUUAAUGCCAGCUCAAGGGACCAGAUGGCGCAGGAACCUUCAGAGCCAAAGGAGAAAUCUGAAUUCUACGGUCACCAGGACCACGACAGAACCUCUAAAGCAGUUAAUGGAACACAGUCAGAUUUGAACUCUGCCAAAGACACUGAACCAAUUUCUUUGAAAAAUUUUAAAAGGCGAUCACAAUUUUUUGAACAGCAAGGUGGAACAGAGCCUCCAAUUCCUGAUCUCCAAGUUCCAUCUAUAAAUGUUUCAAGCCGUUGGGCUUGGGAUCCUGAGGAGGACAGAAAGCGACAGGAAAAAUGGCAGAAGGAGCAAGAUCGAUUGCUGCAGGAGAAAUACCGGCGUGAACAGGAGAGGAUGGAUGAAGAGUGGAAAAAGGCACAAGAGGAGGCUGCUAAGGAGGACAGCAGGUACCUUGAAGAGGAAGCAAAAGACAGACACUUAUUUCUGAACUCAUAUGCACCAUCUACAAACUGGAGAAAAUCAUGGAGUGGACCUGAACAAAGGUAUCAAAGUGAACUGGAAAACAGAGAGAGUUACAGUCAAAGUCAUGACUAUGAGCUGAAAGAAAAAGAAGCACAGCAUUUUGAACAACUUAGAAAAGAGCGUGAGGAAGAAGAACAAAAACGUCAACAAGAACUUCAACGUACAGAACAAGAAAGGAGAAGGCGGGAACAAGAAGUGGAGGAACAAAGACAUAAAGAACUCCAGCGUAUUGAACAAGAAAGGAGAAGGCGAGAGCAGGAGCAAGAAGAGCAAAGAUAUCAAGAAGAGCUCCAGCGCAUAGAGAGAGACCGAAUAGAGCGAGAAAGUGAAGAGGAGGAGCAGAGAUACCAGGAAGAACUCCAGUAUCAGGAAAGGAGACAUAAAGAAGAACUUUUAGAACAAGAACUUCAAGAAGAACAAAGGCGCAGAUACGAAGAGGAGGAGAGAAAACUCAGAGCAGAGGAACACAGAAGGGAACUACAGAGGUCACGAGAAAUGCAUCCAUGCUCUGCUGCACCUCGUGGGUUUUCAAAAAGCCUCCCAGACAUUGCAGAAAUCCCAACCAGUAAGAGGACAAAAUCCAAAUCAACAACCGAGCUAGAUGAAGUGGAUUCUUCAAGUGAACACGGUUUUUAUGUCAAACCAUCGGGUGGCAUUGCUCAGUGGCUCCUUGAAGAAGAGCAUAAGCGAAAGUGGAGUACAAAGUUUAAACAGCAGAUGGCAGCAACCGAACUGGAAGUGGAAAGACGGCAAAUACUUAAUCAGAUGAAGUAUGCCAACCCAGAUAUAGCCAACAGUGGGUUCUCAGACAGAAGUUGGAUUGGAGCUGAUUCAAGGCAGAGGUCUUUUCAGGAUUAUUCCCAUACGCCAGCAGAACAGGAGAGGCAGAAAAUCAUUGAUGAGAUGAAGAAGAAGACCCAGCUGCUCAAUGACAACAGUUGGAUCAGGCAGCGGAGUUCUAGUGUUAUCCAAAAGUCUUCAGAUACUGCAAGUUUACCUGGAACAUUGAGAAGAGGGGAAUCACUUGACAACCUUGUUUCUCCACGCGCAACCUCAUUGUCACAGCCUCCGUGGAUGGCUCUUUCAUCUUCAUCAUCUUCAGUGCAGGAUUUUGGUCGCUAUCCUUCAGUAAUUUCCACCUCCAAUCGCCCAUAUAUGAGAACUCCAUCUUCACUGCCUCCACCCUCCACAGGCUCUCUGAGAUCAGCAUCCUGGUCCUCGGCAGCAUCUGUGCCACCACCUCCUGCACAGCCUGCUCUGUCUCCCACCCCAUUAUCCCAGCCUAAUUCACAGCAACGCAGCAGGUCAAUCAGUGGAAAGAAAAUCUGUUCAUACUGUAAUAACCCCCUGGGCAAAGGAGCUGCAAUGAUCAUCGAGUCUCUUGGUCUAUGUUAUCAUUUACAGUGUUUUAAGUGUGUUGCCUGUGAGACGGACCUUGGGGCCUCUGAAUCAGGAGCUGAAGUCAGAAUACGAAACAAUGACCUUUUCUGCAACAGCUGCUACACCAGAUUUAAAACAGGACAUCAGUCCGCUAUGUGAGGAUGACGAGAAUGAGGAAGCUGAUGAGAGUGAGGAUGAAUUGCUGGUGCCGAUGGUGGAGGAGGAAGAGGUUAUUUCUAGUGAUACUGAUGUCUGAGCACCCUGUCGAUUGCACAGCUGUAUAGACAAUGUUGCACAUGUUUUAUAUAAUGUUAUGAAGAACUGUACAAGUAUUAAAUGUUCAUGUUCCUUUCUGAGUUAUUUAUGAGAGGGUGUUUGUUCUGGGGCAGCAUUCUGUUCUCUCACUGACUGAAGGAACAGCAAGCAUUAGUUUGCUUCUUGAAUUCAGCAUGUACAAAUAGAAGGGAAUUUGCAUGUAUAUUACACAAGUUAUUUUCAUCAGUGAAUUUAAAGUCUAUUUAUCAUGCUGAUAAAUCAUUUAUCUUUAGCAGCAAAUGUUUUUUGGUAAAUUUAUCAUAAGGAAGUAGUUUGUAUAAUACAGUUACCUUACUGUUGUAUGUUAUGUACGGCUAUCACAAAGCUACAGUAUCAUAUUACUUAUUAACCAACCAGCAGUUUUUGUUUGCAGUCUGUUUUUGCUAUUAAUGUAACUAUGUGCCUUCUAAUAACUGUAUAGGAUUCUUAAGUUGAUCUUCUGUCUUUCAUGUAGCAGUUAUGCCUAUAGCAGUUCCAUUUGCUAUAGUUACAACAGGUUUUUAUCUUCGAGAAGUAGCAGAUAUAAAACAAAGGAAAACUAAAUCUUCUGCAUUGUAUAAGCAAGUUAUAGUAACAGGAAAUUAAUGUGUUUAGCCGCAUUUGUAAAUAAAAAUAUUAAUUCUGCAGUACAUUUAUAAGUGUGGUUUUGUUAUAGGAUUUGAAUUUGUUGAAGGAUGCUCUUAUGGUGGAAUAAACAUUUCUGAUCUUUUGUUCUGUUCUGAGUUUAUAGAUGCAACAAUUUAAUCUAGAAGACUGAGCAUGUAGGUGUAUGAAAGCUUGAAAUAAUUCCAAAAUUAAAUACCAGGUUAAGAUAUUUUUUGAUAUAAGUGAUUAUCAUGGCUGCUUAUUUUGCUUCUUUUGGAAAUUGUUUCUCAAAACUUAAUAAACCUAUUUAAUUUUUUGGUA